UGAAAGCAAACGGUCGCGUGGUGUUUCUCACCGAGCACACGAAACAGUGCUUUGCGUCGUGGCCCCGCGCGGAUUAUUCUCGUACUUCUUCACACAUCAUCGGUAGGCUCGACCGCUUUUCGGAGUAAAAUCAUUCGAAAAAUUGGCGAUACGAUACGCGAGGUUUCUCAGUCGUCGAAGAAUUGCUAUUGUUGGUGAGAUCAGCCUCGAAGAUGCUGCGGUAUCUCGUUGUUGUGAUUUUUUACGUUGGUGCGUGUCGAGGCGCUGAGUUCGAGGACGCAUUCCAGAAUUGCCACGUAGACGUUCAAGGCUUCGAUGGCUGUGUGAGAGAAGGCUUGAACGCGAUUCGGCCUUUCUUCAAGACCGGAUUGUCCAAGUAUAACGUGGCACCGUUCGAUCCGUUUUUCGCGAAAGAAGUUUCGGUCAGACGGGGCUUGCCUAAUCUCGGAUUUACUCUCACACUGCGAAAUGUAACAGAGAGUGGAUGGUCGAACAGUAAAGUGACGAAAUUCGUCAGUGAUCUUCCAAAUUACAAGGUCGUUUACACUCAGAGCUUUCCUGAAAAAUUUCUCGUUGGCGAAUACGAGUUCGAAGGAUCUAUACUCGGCCCGCGGAUGAAGAACAAAGGAAAAUUUGACUUGGCUUUGUACGAUUACGUGCAGACAACCACCAUAACAAAAGCACCAGGCUCGAAGGUGAAGGUACAAGUGGAAGCUCAAACGACCCGCGAUCUGACGCUGCAUAUUACGAAUUUAUUGUCAGGACGACAGGUCUUGGAGACGAUGCUCGAUCGUAUAAUAAACGGUGCAUGGCAGCCGGGGUUCUUAGUAACCAAGCCGUUGAUAAACGAUUUGGUUUCAAGCGCCUUUACCGAAAUAUUCGGCAAAGCUUUUCAAAAUUUCCCAUUCGAGAAAGUCAUAAGGCCGAAAUCGGGCGUUACUUCGAGAAUUCAAAAAUCUUAAUUCUAGUUUUCAUAACUACUUUUAAGCACCUGGACUCAUGUGACAACCACCGGGGAAACGAGACCUCGAUCGAUCGUGAGGCUGAGAAUUUCCCAAAAGUCUGAAAAAGCUUUUCGACAUUCCGACCGUUCGUUCGUCCCCUGAGCGUGUCAUAUCGAAAGUGCAAACUCUUUCGUACUUUCGUAUUUUAGUUAACUAAUGACGAAUACGAUAGAAAAAAUAUCGUUGAAUUUAUCAUGACGAUUAUCCCGACUCGAUGGAACAGUGCCGAGCAUUUUUGGCUCCCUGAUCUUGUUGGAGGGCUUUCCGAAUCCCAUGAAAAAUUAAAAAAGCAUCAAUUUCAAAGAGCGACGAAUGUUCGAGGGCGAGAUGAAGCAUGAAGACGAAGAUUAACCGGUGCAGCCACACGAACAGUGUUCAAAUUAAAACAAAAUAAUAACGAAGAGUUCGGCAGGAGCGACGUACAUUGUAAAUAAAUCGUAAUAAUAAAUAGUGUAAGUAAUCCGUGAGUGGUUGUCGCAUGAUACAAAUCCGAAGCAGACGAAAAAAACCCACGAACACACACAAGAGGAAAAUGUAAAAUAAAAAAAAAAUGGUACGACCGAAAAAAAAUGUGGGAUUUCAAUCUUUGACAAGCUUUAUUUUAGAGCAUUAUAAAUUUUUAUCUCGCGUGACGUUGCGCCUCGCUGGAGAUGUGUCUCAAGUGCAAGCUAAGAACGAAGAAUCCAGUCGUGAAGAAAAGCCUUUGCUCUGUGUUGGCGGACAGUUGUAGUGGUAAACACAAUACACGCAGUGACGAUUAUAACUCGACAGAGAGUGAUGGUGGAGUCGUCUUCUUACCCGGUCAGGUGCUGGAAGCUAGCCUUGAAACCUUGGAAGGGCAGACGAUCACUCACCCCGCAUUCUUGCAUACCGAUAUUAUGGAGAGGUUUUUCUUCUUCACCUCUUCCACCGAGCCUAAUGCGGAUCCAUGAAGAUCUUCUCUACAGACGGUACUAAAGCCCUCGGCAUAUUUUAUAGUUCAUAAGUGUUUUUUAUACGAUUACUCUGGAUGCCGUAAUUCCACCGACUUUUCGUAAUAAAAAUAUGAAAUUUUUAUUUUAUUUUUCUUCAUUCAUUUUUUCGUUUAUUCAUAUUUAGUUUUAUUCAUUGUAAUCGUUCGAAAAAAUUAUUCAUUAGUAACUUUAUUAAGGUGACGGAUCAUUCGGUAUGCGCGCAUUGAAAUUUUGAAAGUUGAUUCCUGCCCCACCGUUCAACCGAUCGCGUUGAAAUUUCAACUGCGAAUACAGUAUUGUGCCACGAUUGGGCUGGCGGGAGGGAUUUUUGGAACUUUGAUUUUUUUUUUGAUUUUGUAUUACUAUCCGAGUAAUCGUAGAAUAACUCAGUAAAUAUCGACCGAAUUGCAAUAAAAAAAUGCACAUUUUGAGCUUUGUUGCAUCAAAAUCGAUCAUGAAAUGAAGGAGAAAGGAACUUUUAAAAAUUCAUCGAAAAAAUUGUCGACAUUAGUUUAUCGAGAUGUGCGCGAUCGUCAGUUUCCGAAAAGACAGACGAAUCGUAACGAUAAUUCCGUCGAAAACCAAAAUAAUAAUAUAAAUUCAAAAUAA